GUGGAACAGAGGAGUGAAAAACAAAAUAAUAAGUGGGAACAGAAAGCAGCGAAUGGUUUACUAAAAUAUUGCUCAAAUGUUUUCAUUUUGAUUAAGUACUAUUAGGAAUCUGUCUUAAGAAGAGCAGGACAUUCAACUCGCGUCGCUGGUGAUGAUGAUGAUGAUGGUGGCGGCGGUGGCACUGGCAGCACCAGCACGCAAAAUGUCAGUGAGGAGAGGGAGAGAGACGAAGGAGAAGUGAGUGUAUGACUGCGGUUAAAAAAAGCCUGAUUGAAGCAUGAUAUCUCUGCAUUGAAUCUUAUACACUUGGAGAGCCAUGACCAGUAAUUAUAAAACAAAAAUGAACGAGGACACAGGCAUCUGUGCUGAACUGGUUGAUUUAAGCUUGAAAAAGCCAUACAGGCCUGCUUCACCUAGGCAAAGUCAUGUGUCGCUGGGAGAAAGGUCUAUUACUACACCUGUAAAUUUUAAGGAUGGAACUUCUCCUCACAGGUCAGUUCAGCAAGAGGACUCAAACUUCUCUUCUCGUCUGUCCAUGAAAACUGUUCGGUCGAUAAGCCCUCCUCUGCAGUUUAGGAAUAAAACAGAUUUAAAGGAUCAGCCAUCUACUUAUCAGGUAAAUGUGAAUCAUUUUGCCUCAAUGUUCCAUUUACCACCCGAAUUUAAAGAGGAACCACAUCCUGAUGACCUAAGAAGUCUGCAGAUGGGAUUAAGCUCAAGGAUUUUAAAUGAGGACCUGAUGUGGACAAUUCAAUUUAAGCAGACGUUGAAGAACAGAUAUCAGUGUAUAUUCGAGGGAAACGAAGAGCACAGCAACCCCACUCUGCUCAACAACGUCUACACUGAGCUCUACAUCACUGACAUCGGAAGUUGUGACAAUAGCGAACACGAGAUCAGACAGAUCGAGACAAUAUCUAAACAUCCGAUCAUAUGGGACACACCAAUCAAAGUUAACGAUGUCUUUAAAGCUUUUCCCGGAUCUACCAAACCAGUCCGAACUGUGCUCACAAAGGGAAUUGCUGGCAUUGGGAAAACCGUGUCUGUGCAGAAGUUCACCCUGGACUGGGCUGAAGAUAAAUCCAACCAGGACAUCCACAUGAUAUUUCCACUUCCAUUCCGAGAGUUGAAUAGAUUUAAAGAAAGUAAGGUUACUCUCAUCCACAUUCUCCAGCAGCUCUACCAUCAAGAGAUCGAAGCGAACGUGUUGAGCUCAGGCAAAUACAGGAUCAUUUUUAUCUUGGAUGGACUUGACGAAUGUCGGUUUCCUCUAGACUUCCAGCAAAACAGAAGUUGCUCCAGCGUGACAGAAGCCAUCUCAGUUAGUGCUUUACUGACAAACCUUAUAUGCAAGAACCUGCUUCCUUCUUCACAGCUUUGGAUAACCUCACGACCAGCUGCAGCUUGUCAAAUACCACCUGACCUCAUUGAUCAAAUGACUGAGGUAAGAGGUUUCACUGACUACCAAAAGGAAGAGUACUUUACCAAAAAUAUAAGCGAUCCAAACAUGUCACACAGGAUCAUCUCGCACUUGAAGUCAUCGAGAAUCCUUCACGUCAUGUGCCACAUCCCGGUGUUUUGUUGGAUAUCGGCUACGGUUCUUGAAAGGAUAUUUUGCGAAUCAGAGGGUCGAGAAAUUCCCAAGACGCUCACGCAAAUGUACACCCACUUCCUCAUUUUCCAGAUUAAGCAAAGGAGUCACAAAUACAACAGGAAUUACAAGGAAGAUCUGAACUUGGAUAGCAUGUUGUUGCUUGGAAAAUUGGCAUUUCAACAACUUGAAAAGGGUAAUUUACUUUUCUAUGAGGGCGAUCUAAGAGAAUGUGGGCUUGAUCUCAACGUCGCCUCUGUGUAUUCUGGAGUCUGCACACAGAUCUUCAAAGAAGAGGCAGGACUACACCAGGAGAGGAUGUUCAGUUUCAUCCACGCCAGUAUCCAAGAGUUUUUAGCUGCGUUAUACGUCUUCCUUAUGUUCGUCAACAGCCAGCAAAACGUCCUCAGUCAUACGCCAAAUGCAAAAAUUGCAAUUGCUUUUAACAAACCUUCAAUGCAUGAAUUUCUCAAGUUUGCCGUGGAAAAGGCUCUGGCAAGUGACAAUGGACACUUGGACCUUUUCCUCCGUUUUUUGCUGGGACUUUCCCAUGCUUCCAAUCAGACCCUUCUCCAACUACUGCUAACUGAGACUCGGAGUGAUCCUGAAGGCAGCAGAAAAACUCUCCAAUACAUCAAGGAAAAGAUUAGGGAUCAGCCUUCAGCAGAGAAAGCAAUUAGUCUCUUUCACUGUCUUAGUGAAUUGAAGGAUGAAUCCCUGGUAGAAGAAGUGCAGGACUACUUAGGUUCAGGUGGCUUUAAAGGUGGAAAGCUGUCUCCUUCACACUGCUCCGCUUUGGCCUACUCAUUGUUGAUGUCUGCCGAAGAACUCGAUGUGUUCAACUUGACUAAAUGUAUUGAUCCUAGUAUGAUCUCAAAUGAGGGAAUGCUGAGACUCCUGCCAGUGAUCAAAGCAUCCAGAUUGGCUUUGCUAAGGUUAUGUAAUGUGACAGAGAAAGUCUGUGCAGGCCUGAGCUCUGUUCUCAGCUCAAGUCAUUCUUGUCUGAGAGAGCUAGAUUUGAGCUCCAGCAAUCUUAAAGAUUCAGGAAUACAUCAUCUUGCCGUUGGACUGGGGAAUCCCCAGUGCAAGCUAGAGAUUUUAAGAGUUUUUAAUUGUAGCAUUGGUGAGGAUGGCUGUGCCUCACUGGCCUCUGCUCUGAGGUCAAACCCAUCUUACUUAAGGGAACUUGAUUUAUCACACAACCAACCUCACGAUUCAGGUGUGAAAAUGCUUUCUGAUGUGCUGACAAACUCAACCUGUAAACUGGAAACACUCAGGUUUAUGGGUUGUGAACUGACCAAGAAAAGCUGUGCGGCAUUGGCCCAAGUGCUUCAGUCCUCCUGUUCCAGCCUGAAACAUCUGGACUUAAAUCUGAAUAGUCUUGAGGAUUCAGGUGUGAACAUGCUUUGUGCUGGUUUGAAGAGUCCUCAGUGUAAACUUCAGACGCUGAGUCUCUCAGACUGUGGAAUAACAGCAGCUGGAUGUCCAAUACUAGCAUCUGCGUUACAGUCGAACCCAACACAUCUGACAGUGUUGGACCUUAGCCUCAAUAACCUUACGGAUACAGGAAUGAUGCACCUGCUUCCUUUGUUUAAAGAUCCAUGUGUUCAUCUAGAGAAAUUAUGGUUGAAUAAUUGUGAUCUCACACAAACGAGCUGUCAGAUGAUGAGUUGUGCAGACCAAUCCAAAUGUUCAAGUCUUAAAGAGCUGAACCUGAGUGCUAAUGUGAUAAUGGACUCUGGUUUGAAGCAGCUCACAGUGGGAUUGUGUCAUCUUCUAUCGGGUCUGCAGUCACUGAGUUUAACCUACUGUAGUAUUACAGAAAAUGGCUGCACCUUUCUGGCAUCGGCUGUAAGAUCAAACCAGUCACAGCUAAGAGAUCUGGAUCUCAGAGGAAACAAACUAUCAGAUUCAGGGGUUAAACUACUUUUAGAUCUUCUGGAGGAUCCAAACUGUAAACUAGAAAAACUGGAAUUAUAUCCACUCAUCAGGUGAUGACAAAGAGGCCUAAAUUCGAGAACAACAGUGUAGAAAAAGCUGGAUUAAUGGAAAAAUUGACCGACUUUCUCUCAGCACUGCUACAGCACAACAGUCAAUCCUGAAAGGAGGACAGAGGCGUAAACAAGACAUCGGGUCUUUAUGUCGUUCAUCCUCUGAAUUAUUUAAACCUACAAGGAAAAGCCAUCAUGGAAACUUGGCAGGAGGUUUGAAACAUCUGUCAUACCUGUAUGUGCGUGAGACUGAACUGAAGAUACGCACAGAGUUAUUGAGCCAUGGUGACUUGCUGGAAUACAGAAAUAUGUAAAAAAUGAGGAAGAACAGGUUUACUGGGGUUUUCAGCUGCAAUCACUUUAGCAAUAAUGUUAAAGUCAAUUCAAUUCAUCAAUCAAUUAAUCAGAAUGAUCACCUUAACAACUGCUUAGCAACCAGCUGGAAUUCCCCAUAGUAACCUAGCAAUUUAGCAACACAAACUUAACCAUAUAUCUAUUUAAAAUAAUAAAACUACCCAGAUACAACAUUACAAAGUUCCCAACAAGCAAUUUUGUACUUUAAAGACGUCUAACCAUAGCUCAAACAUAGGCUAAACUAAAUAAAAUAAAAUAAUGAAAACAAACACAUUGUAAUCACUGCUGACUUUACUUACAUGAUGAGAUGUCAUACAUCUCAAGUUAUUUUGGCAAUAAACAACAUGUAACCAAAUGUAAGUUUAUUUUGGCUAGAAGUGGGUUACUCAUAGCCAGACAGUAUAUGAGGUCUGUAGUUAACCUAGUCCUAGACAGUGAAAUAAUGGCUAUUGCUUGCUGGGUUAUACAAAACUAAAAUGAAAAUGAUUUUUACAAAACAAAAAUCAUUUUUGCACAUAGGCUACUGUACAUCACAUAAUUGUCAUUAAGUUGUAUUCCGUUUUACUGUAUGGAUAUUUGCAUCAUCAGAUUAAACUUCUUAUGAAGUGUUUUAUGACUGAAUAAACAUGAUGUAAAUCUCUAUGCAAACAGCAGAGGGUGGUACAGUAUCACUGUUACACCACAUCCUAAAGACAUCUGUGGAAAUGUAUUUUUUUAUAUGCAUUAUAUGAGCAAUUCCUGCCUCACGGAUGUCACCUUUCUGGUGUAAACUUGAUAUAUAAUCAGAGAAUGUGUUUAGUACAAAUUUAAUUUACCAUAUGUUUAUAGUUUGCUAAAUCUCUGAUGAUUCAGAGUCCAGACCCACAGAAAAAUAUCAGUCUUUAUUCAUGUAUCUUUUUUUAGACAAGAUAAAAUAAAUGCUUUAUAGUUUUUGGGAGACAACAUACUUUGUAGUAAUUCUGUGAAUUUAAAUACAGAAACUAGAAGUAAUAAUACGUAACAAAUAAACAUUUAAUAUUUAUUUCAG